GGGGGCGUUGAAAUGUUUAUCAACAAAUCGUUUUUCCGUCGCUGAAUUUUCCGGACAUUCCGCCGAUGGUUUGUGAAACAUGGAAUUAGUACGAAAAAACACGAUAAAUUGUGACCAGGGAGCAGUACGUGCCGUCCGAUACAAUGUUGAUGGUUCAUACUGUCUAACGUGUGGUUCCGAUAAGAAAAUUAAGCUCUGGAAUCCGGGAUCCGGUUUGCUCCUCAAGACUUACGGAGGCCAUGCCGGUGAGGUGAUGGAUGCGGCUGGAAGCUGCGACAGUAGCUUUAUCGUGUCGGCUUCGGUGGACAAAAGCGUCAUCUAUUGGGAUGUGUCAACUGGGCUUCCGGUGCGGCGGUUGCGUGGUCACGCCGGAGCGGUGAAAUGUGUUCGUUUCAAUGAGGAAUCUUCGAUAGCCGUUUCCGGUUCUACCGAUAAUACCGUUAUGUGCUGGGACAUUCGAACCCGCCGCUUGGAACCGGUACAAACGAUGCGAGAUGCAAAGGAUUGUAUUACAUCGUUGGUUGUUUCCGAGCACAAGAUCAUAUCCGGUUCGCUGGAUGGAUCCAUACGACAGUACGAUAUAAGAAUGGGUGAGCUCACCUGUGAUAGCAUAGGUAUUCCGAUAGCACACAUUGUGCAAACUAAAGACGGACAAUGUAUUUUGGCGGCUUGUGUCGAUAGCACGAUUCGGCUAGUAGAUACCGAUACAGGGGAGCUUUUGUCCCAGUAUAAAGGUCACAAGAACGAAGACUAUCAUAUAGAGUGUGCCGUUAUUGAUGGGGAUUCUAAAAUAAUUUCUGGUUCAGCCGAAGGAAGUGCGGUUAUUUGGGAUUUGCUGGAAGAAAAGGAAGUUAAACGGCUUAAGAUGCUGGAUUCGGGUGUGGUUCAUUCGUUGGCGCCACAUCCGACCGGAAGUGACAUCAUGUUUGCCAAGAAGCGUCAAGUUGAGCUUUGGGGGCUGCAAUCAGACACACCCGAAACAAUAAUUGAUCUCGUAUGAAUAAAUAAAGUUUUUUUUUAU